AUGCCCAGCUCUACUGCAAUGGCAAUUGGAGCUCUCUCCAGUUCUCUUCUCGUAACCUGCUGCCUCAUGGUUGCCCUCUGUAGCUCCACCAUACCUGUACAAAAACUGGCCAAGGCUCAAGACAAACAGGAGAUAAAGGCGAGCCAGGAAAAGAGGGAUCACACAUCGACAAGGGACAGCCAGACAGGCCCGGGUAAAAUGAACGAGAUCGGCAGGAGCGGGAGGGAGGAGGGCAGCAGGGACUGGAAGAGCAAAGGAAGCAGGAACUACUCCAGCAAGGAGUCUUGGACUAAACAAAAGCAGGCUUGGAACAGCCAGGGGACAAGCAGUAAAUCCGGGAGUGUUCCGGUGCAAGAGCAAAGGGAUGCCGCUCCCCAGGACCCUCAGGCAGCUGAAGACGCGUCUCUCCCAGAAGCUGUUGCGAGCGUCACUCCCGAGCCUCCGGAGGAGUACGCCUACCCGGACUACCGCGGGAAAGGCUGCGUGGACGAGAGCGGCUUCGUCUAUGCCAUCGGGGAGAAGUUUGCGCCGGGCCCCUCUGCCUGCCCCUGCCUCUGCACCGAGGAGGGCCCACUCUGCAUCCAGCCUGAGUGCCCCAGGCUCCAUCCGCGGUGCCUCCACGUGGACACCACCCAAUGCUGCCCGCAAUGCAAGGAAAGGAAGAACUACUGCGAGUUUCGAGGGAAGAACUACCAGACCCUAGAGGAGUUUAUGGUUUCUCCGUGUGAGAAGUGUCGCUGUGAAGCCAAUGGUGAAGUGCUGUGCACUGUCUCAGCGUGUCCCCAGACGGAGUGUGUGGAUCCGGUGUAUGAGCCCGAUCAGUGCUGUCCUAUCUGCAAAAACGGCCCGAACUGCUUUGCAGAAACCAUUGUCAUUCCAGCAGGCCGGGAGGUGAAAACUGAUGAAUGCACUAUAUGUCACUGUACAUACGAAGAAGGCACUUGGAGAAUUGAACGACAAGCUAUGUGCACUAGACAUGAAUGCAAACAAAUCUAGGAGAUCUACAAACCUAAGUACUUUUCAUGGUUUUUAUAAAAUAUCUCACAGCAGUGAGCACCCUAGAUGACCCAGGGAAAUCUGAAUGAGAAGAUUCUGGUGAGGAGCAAAGAAUAAAAUCAAUAUUUUGUUUUUCAAAGUAACAUAAUACUGCAAGGCAAAGAAGUGCAUAUAUUUAAAACAUUUGGACAUAAGAAUACCUGUCUUAAUAAAUGUGUUAUUUUCACAGUGAGUACACUAAAAUACACUCUAUAAAAUAUUCUAUGUAUUUCUAUAAUACCAUUAUAGAGCUUAAAAAUAAAUGUUUUAUAUAGACAAUACAGAUUAAAGUACUGUA